GUAGAGUCGAGGAACGCGAGACGCCGUAGCGUUUUUAAGUUUUUUUUACGUAUGAGUCUUAAUAGUGACUUGUAAAAUGUCUCAUACCGGAAGAAACGAGUGCAGGAUUUACGUGGGCAAUUUGCCGCCUGAUAUAAGGACGAAAGACAUUCAGGAUCUCUUUUACAAAUUCGGCAAAGUUACAUUUGUUGACUUGAAAAACCGAAGGGGACCGCCAUUCGCUUUCGUUGAGUUCGACGACCCAAGAGACGCCGAAGAUGCAGUUCAUGCAAGAGAUGGAUAUGACUACGACGGUUACAGAUUACGGGUGGAAUUUCCUAGAGGUGGUGGUCCUAGCAAUAACUUUCGAGGGGGACGUGGUGCAGGGGACAGUGGACGAGGUGGUCGUGGGGAGAUGAGCAAUUCGCGUGGUCGAGGACCGCCUGCACGUCGAUCCCAGUACAGAGUUCUCGUUACCGGCUUGCCUCCUUCGGGCAGCUGGCAGGACUUAAAGGAUCACAUGCGCGAAGCUGGAGACGUGUGCUUUGCGGAUGUGUACAAAGAUGGUACAGGGGUUGUCGAGUUUUUACGUUAUGAGGACAUGAAGUAUGCCGUAAAAAAAUUGGAUGACUCCCGAUUUAGGUCACACGAGGGUGAUGUGACGUACAUUCGGGUAAAGGAAAAUCAUACCGGGGGUGACAGAGGUCGCAGCGAAGAUCGUGAAAGGGGUAGAAGCCGUUCACGAAGUUACAGUCCUCGACGACGUGGUUCGCCUACUUAUUCACCACUGCGUCGCUACUCGCGAUCACGUUCCCGCUCCAGGUCUCGUUCUUACGACUAGUGUGUACGUAUAUGCUUCACAUGGUAAUAUAAGGAGAGGUUUACUCACGUUUCUCUUUAUGCAUUUCAUUAUUGCUGAUUUGAGUACUUCAAAGAAGAGCAUCUUUCCAAUCCAAAUACAUUUCAAGUAUCGACCAUGCAGCGAUUAAAUCUCUGACAUCUCCUUUCCGAGAGAUCUUAUUUGGCAAUACAGCUGAAGUUUGGAAUGGUACGUCGGUGAAUCAUUUCUUUUCUCCUUUCUUUGCUCGGAACGAGCUUAUGUGAAAUGGAAAAUAAUUUCUGACUAUCGAUCGCUACAUUAGAUAGAAUAACGUUAUAAGACGUGACGGAACAUUCCAAAUUUCAGUGAUGCGAUUUGACAUGCGAAUGGUACAUGCAUAGUUAUUAAAAAACUCAACAAAGUAGGAUUAUCAGUAACGAAGUACUUAAAUUGAAGUGGGAAGCCUAUUCCUUUGACGUCCACAAAACUAUCCAUCGCCAGGACGCCAAACUCGGUCGCAUUUCAAACCAGCAAUAAUUGAAACAUACUCUGCUUAAUCAGACAUUAAUAUCAUUCAUACUCUUCAAAGUAAUAAGGCAUCGGCAGUCAACGAGUGGACAUUAUCUCCUAUGGAUUUACCAUUCUAUUUUCAAAGUGAAUCACGCUCAUGUCAGAGACACUCGACUGCUUACGAGAGAGAAAUUGUUUACACGUUGUAUUAAAAUGAUUAUCCUUCGGGAGCCACAUUCCGAUAAGCUACUCUCGAUUCGCUCUGACCAACUGUUGCGUGUACAAAGUGUGAGAGAAUCUUUAACCGAGGUUACGCAUUGCGUACAAGGAUCUUGCACGGGUCGAGCGAGAUCUUCCAAGUUUAAAAUUCCACACAAACAUAUGUAAAAGGAAAGGUAUCGGUAACUAUUAACUCAUGGACCAUUACUUAAUUUUCGUGGAACAGAAUUUACCAAUUUAAGGGAAUUAUGUCGUAGUAGGAUAAUUAUUCCAAUGACCGGUGCAAGAUCCGCAAUGAAAUCAGACCGGACCGCGGUCUUCUCUCUCGAUUCACCCUAACGAUCACGUAAAUGUGAGAUUAACGGUAACAAUUGACAGGAGCAUGUAAAUACUCACUUGUUCAUAAUUAAUGUCGACGUUUUAGCCGUCACUCGAGGGGAGAGUGAGUGGGAAAAAAAAGAUGAAAAAGGAAAAAAAAAACGAGGAAAUCGAAAAUACGCCACUCUACAAAAUACGGGGACGAAAAGCGUGGCUUGCGAAAGCGAUAUAUCCAGUACAAGAAAUUAAUCCUCUCCCCGGUAAUCGGGGGAACAAGUAAUGCACUGCUUAAUAAUUACAGUACAGAGAGAGAUUGAGAGACAAAGCUAGAGAAAGUGAGAGAGAAAGAGAAACGAUAGAGAGAGAGACGGCAGCCACUACAGAACACUAUUUUGUCAUCGUUCCUCCUGUUUCCCCGCUGUCCUCGAAAUUACCAUACUUGUUACCGUAUUGUUAAAGAGAUCUCUCGAACGCACCCACACCAAAUGUAUGCCACUGUACACAUUUGUAAAUAUGCAAUCCACUUUAAACUACGAGGAAGACAUACGAGAAGGGACGAUUAACGGCGGGUCCUCUCGUCCCGGUCUCGAGUUCCCGAGGGAGAGGAGUCGGUCGAGACGAGAGGACACCCGUAGAAUGUUUAACGGGAACACUUCGCGGCCGGUCCUUCGGAAGGACUCGCCCCGAGGGACGAUAGUCCAGACACAUAUACACCAAAAAGGUAGAAAGAAAGAAAUGGAAAUAACGACCCCUUAGCGCCCAACCAAGUGUCCCCGUCGACAUACGUUCAGUCCCAUAACGAGAGAUCAUAUUUUCAUCUCAUGAUACCCUGCAAGCCCGGUCGCUGUUAAUCGCCCAACGGGCGAUCCCCCUCACGCCUGGAAACUCGAGAUCACCGAUGACAAUGUUAAAGAGGUCGUUGAAGAAUUCUAACGAGGCUCGAGGGGAUCGUCCUUAGGCGCCGAGUCGAGCGGCGGUCGGACUCGCAGACUAUGCUAAACGGGUAAUCACUUAAGGCAUACUAAUGUAUUUUUUCUUCUUUUGUAUAUUGGAUUGGAUUGUAACACAAUGAAUGAAAACACUGAAACCCA